AUGGGUCAAGCACCCGACUUCUACUUUCAACCCAUUCAACAGAUCAAGAUGUCCAAAUGGUCUCACAAUUGCAUUGUAUGCUUGGGCGACACUGCAUAUGCACCGACGCCACUGACCGGGAUGGGCACUUCGUUUGCCUUGAUUGGAGCGCACAUCCUCGCAGGUGAAAUCAGCAAGCUAGGCGAUGGUGUAUCUCUGUCGAAAGCGCUUGAGGCUUACGAAAAGGUCUUCCGUCCUUUUGUCGAGAAAGAACAGAAAAUUCCUCCAUUUGUUCCAGGUAUUGCGCACCCCAAGACGGCAUGGUCAAGGUGGCUGCUGCAGACGUUCUUAUGGGUCCUCUCCAAGGUUGUGGCAAUUCCGUGGCUCGCGAAGAAAGUCGAUGAAGGCAACAAAGAUGAAUUUGCGUGGCCACAAUACCCAGUUCUCGGUGGGGGGGGGGGGGGCGUUCAAAUCUAG